AUGCCCAUCAAAUUCCCGGACUCUUUCCUAUCAUCCCUAUCGUUUGACCCAUUAUCCUCCACCUCAUCAGACAGCGAAAGCGAGCAUGACGAGGUCGCCAGGGCCACAAAGAGAAGGAGAAUCGAACGGGUGGCCCAGGACUACUUGCAUGGGCAUCCGCCGUUCAUCUUAACGGCUACGCUCAAUGGGCCAUUCGACGAUGGCUGGGUCAAUCCCUGGCGGAAAGCGCGCAGCCCACGAUCGGUGUCUCUUCCCCACAGCACGAAACAGCACAACUCACGGCCAGGUGUGAUACAAGCAGAGAAUCCUCUCAGUCCAGCGCCAGCAACGGUUCAGGGAACCCCAAGCUUGGUGCCUGGGAGUGAUUCGCACCAGAGGAACCAUUCUGCGGGUGACUCUCAGCGUCGACGAAUACGCACGAACCUGGGUAGUCGAGCCAGCUCGAGACAUUCCUCGAAAUCAAGAUCAGCCACUGCGUCGGAUGCAUGGUUGAAGAGAGACAACACACAACUUCACCAGGGGCUACAUGAAACUCCGAAGUCUCCCAGUCCGUCGCCUGCUGUCAGAUUAAAUAGCUGUCGCGUGUCGAAGAGGCCUUCCGAAAGGUCCCAGAGGAGCUUGCCCUCUCCCUGCCGUUCAGGUACACCCGUUAGUCAGAACAUUAACCUCAGAACCAUCAACUUUACAGCAAUCAACGCUCCUGUCCCCGCCGCUCGACUAUCGACUCCCACUGCUCACCAAGCCUCCUCCCACAACAAGCAAGCUGCCUUUAUCGAACAGAACCACUGUGGAGAAAGCUCGGUCGGAGCGGACAAAUUACGGAUGCUGCACAAGUCCAGUCUAGAGGAGUCUAUUCGUUUACCAAUGGGCCCAAGCACUGGAAGCGGUCCUUCCAGGGUUAUCCCUCGUUUUGAGCCUGUGUUAUGCAAGAAGAACCAGCAUGAAGCAGAUAUACCCGCACCAGCUGCAAGCAGCACUCUCAACGCCACAAACAACUCAUCACUUGGAAAUGCAGCUACUUCAGGAAGUAAAUUUGAACCCUUGCAAGAGAGCGAGACGAUCGCAAAAGAACGCCAAAAGGCUUCAAUUACGUGUAACACAUCUCUCCCCCCUUUGAGCCUGAGGGAAAGCGAGAUGUGGAAGACGGGCUCAACUCUUCCAGAACAAGAUACGGAAACGAUGCCAGCCGCCCAGGUAGUCCCACCUAUCUUCACUCCACCACAACUCACGCCAUUUACAUCUGCAGAUCUGCUCCAGCUGCCAUUUCAUCAAAGCAACCACUCUGCAACUGACGGCGGCGGCCCACCGAAUAGUAAGAGGAACAAGCACAGCGACUCACAAGCUUCAGCCCCGACCACACAGAAGUCAGGAACGAAUAAGAAUGCGAGCCCGCCAACCUUGAAAGGCGCGCAGCAGCGCCCCACCAACCUGCUUCGAAGAGCUGCCUCGAGCAGCUCGUUGCAGAAGGGCAUCAAGCCGUUCCAUUCGUUUACUGGCAGUCCUCGAGCUCAGGGUUCAAAAUCAAAACCGAGUGUGGUGUCCAAGAACGCCCGAUUCCACGACGCCAAUACGGACAUCAGCAAUCAAGCGAAUGAAUAUCGGGCGACCACGCCAAAACAACUGCAGACCUCUUCAGGGCCCAACAAAAUAGCACUAUCUGCAUCCUGUCCUCCUGGUCUACGAGCUCAGAAGAUCACCGACCCCUCCCAACCUCCCACUCGUGCCCCUCCUGGGAGCUUGCUGGUCCGGGAACAGCCCUCCACCGCCUGCUCGUCAGGAGCGCCAUUGUCACUCGCUAUGGCCAUGAGCGGCUUUACAGACCUUUCGACUCAGCCAGACGGCCAAGGCUUGUUGGUUUUGCAAGAGAACUUCGACCUAACAGGAGCAAUCGAAGAUGCUGAGAGCUUCCUUCAAAGCUGGGAUAUCGAGCGGGACCGACAGCUGCUGCGAGAUAACACGACAACAACAACCAAUGGCCUGAAACCGCCGGCUCCCAAGGUUUAG